UGUGCUGACCGUCUUCACGGAGUCAGCUAAACAUAUUUCCUUCUCGUUACACUUCCUUUCUUCACAGAACAGGUGACUACUUCUGCGCAUGCCAACUUCACGCGAACACGGCACGUCUACAUAUUAGUACGACAGGGCAGAUUUCUUUCAAGUUCUUCCAAGAAAACAGGAUGGAUGUGGUCACGAUGGACAUGUAGCGGCUUGACUUAGAAGCUAUAAAAGCGUUUGACUUUAGCCACGCCGGCAGAUUGCGAGGAGAAGACGACUCGUGGCUCCAGAUCAAGACACCGUCUUCACGCCACCGACGGACACUUUAGAGGCAGAGCCUUCAUCUUGACCAACAAACUGCAAGAGUCGCUGGACAGGACAAAGAUGACCCGUCACUUUGAGUUUGUCCUGGCUCUGGCACUCCUGGCUGGAGCCGUGUAUCCAGCCAAGAGCAUGGCACAACAGCCGGAAGAGGAACAACAACUGAAUAAAGAUGCCUCACCUGAUAUUGAGGAAGCGGAGAUGUUACUUAAAGAGCUGGAAGAUUUGGUUAAGAAAGAAGUGAUGGCCGGCAACAACAGUAUUGAUGAUCACAUGGCGGGACUUUUCGGCAAAAGGACGUGGUCACCUGUUAACUUCCGUGACCCAAACGUAGCAUUAGGAAGAUCUACGUAUCAGUCGAGCACAGGGCAUGGAGGCGUGUCGGCUCGAGCUGUGGACGGUAACAGGAGUCCUCACUGGGGUCACAAUUCCUGCACACACACGAACGAAGAAAAAGACCCAUGGUGGUACGUCGAUUUGGGACGUCAUGUCACUGUCGACCACGUCACCAUCGUCAACCGCCGUGACUGCAGUGAAAGGAUCACACCAUUCGACGUCCACGUCGGGUCCAGCACUGACGUGGCCAGAAACCGGAGGUGUGGCGGGCAUCACCACUUCCCUCCGACUGAGACCGAGAAGGUUGUCAACUGCGGCGGGUUGGGGGGCAGGUACGUGGGCAUCAGGCUGCCGGGGAGGAGGCGAAUCCUGACGCUGUGCGAGGUGGAGGUAUAUGCAUCUCCAAACCUAGCGCUGGGAAAACCAACGUCCCAGUCGAAUGUCGAACUUAACGGGUUUGCCUCCCGAGCGACUGACGGAUGCAGGGACCCGUACUGGGGUAGCCAGUGCUGCACCCACACUCCAGCGGAGGCGGACCCUUGGCUGCAAGUGGACCUCGGCAGGUCGGUCAGAGUCCAGUGGGUGGUCAUCAUGAACCGCGCGGACUGUUGCCGAGAGCGACUCAACCCCUUCGCCGUCCACAUUGGAAACAAUGCGCGCGUAGUCCAGAACCCUCGCUGCGGCGGGCAUCACACCAUCCCCGCUGGUAAGGACAAGGAUGCCAUCAACUGUAACGGAAUGAGAGGGCGAUAUGUGGGGAUCCGACUGCCCGGCUAUGGCCGUAUCCUGACAGUCUGCGAAGUCGAAGUCUACGCCGGUACGGUGACAAAGAGGACAUCUGAAGUGCGGGAGACCGAGGAAAAGGGCUGCGGAGAACAUGAGGAGGGGCAAAGCUGGGUGGGUGAUGAGGAGGAACACAACUGCAACUGUGACGCCGGCGAAGAGUUCUGCUACAAGGUGGAGUGUGGGGAUGAUGGUGAAAAGAAACCCAUCAAGGGCGAAGAAGGGAUGUGGACCUGCGAGGAGACUGAAGAGACCGAGGAAACCGCACGGGAGUUCCCGGAGAAAACCAUGGAGAAUGGGAUGGAGGACUACAAGGAAUAACUGGCUGGAGUUGUGAAGAUCUGGUCAAGAAACUGAUGGACAUGGAAGUCAACUCGGCGUCCCUUUCUUUUCACACGUUCUUAGCUUAUUCUUUACUGGAAACUAUCUAGUCUGUACCUCUUUUACGGAAUUUUAGAUAUGGAAUCUAUCUGAAACUCUUUUGCUCAUGUCCAAUCUAUUUUUCUUUUAGCAGUCGAGAUCUUCUUUCUUUCCUCCCUUAUGAAUUAUGGUCUUCUUUUCUGAUCUCCUAAAUUAGAGGCUGUUCCUUUGGUGCCAGCUGUGCAUCU